UUGAGGCAUUUGGCUUCAUGUUAUCGCAGCACAGCGCUGGAGAGUUUUCGACGGGUAUCCAGGAAGCAGAACGCGUUUUGAGUCCGCCACUAGCGAACGUUCGAUGUAUCUCUGCUCCUGAUACCUGUGCAUUUUUACUUUUAUAUUAUCAGCGGCUAGUGCUCAGGACUGUUAAACUACGUGCAGAAACUGUGUUAACUAGUUCCAUAAGUGCAUAAAGCUUAAUCGAGUUUGUCUUUAGUUCGUUUACAAAAUUAAAGUGUGUUUUUCGAAAAACAGAUAAUGUGUAAUAUAAGGAAAGCAUCAUCUGCCUUGAACAAACUGUUCGUUUAUGGUGCACUUAAAUAUGGCGAACCGAAUCAUUCCAUUUUAUUGAAUCGUGGCAAUGGAUUUGCACGGUACUGGUGUCGAGCGACGACUAUGGAGAAGUUUCCAUUGGUCAUUGCCACGCGUUAUAAUAUACCAUUCUUGAUCAAGAAAGCCGGAACUGGCAAUUAUGUAAUUGGCGAAAUCUACGAAGUGGAUGAUAGAAUGCUCAACUCACUGGAUAGCCUUGAAGAUUGUCAGGAUAUUUAUACUCGAGAGUUGCUGGAUAUGAAUAUUGGAGUUGGUGAAGGCACUGUUCCUUGCUGGGUGUAUCUUCUGCAAAAAUAUCCAGAAAAACUCCUGAAUUUACCGUACAUUUCGCAGUAUAAGAACAGUGCCCAGCAUCCAUACACGCACAGAAACAAAAGGACUCACAAACAUCCUCCAAAUGAGGAUCUUACCUACAAUGUUUCUUCACAAUAAAAACUCAUUUUCUUUUGGUGAUAAAAAAAAACGUACGCAAAGGAACUGUGACUGAACGAUCAAUUCGUCGUAUCAUGGUCGUUGUAUUUUUUAAGAAUUUUAUUAUUAGCUCGAAAAUCUACUUUUUAUUUUUACCAAUUAAAUUGUACUUUAUUAGUGCGAAGAUAAUUAAAAAAUGAGAUUGAAUUUAA